UCUCCUUCUAUGUUGACUUUCUUCGUCGUCAUUCCCUUCACCAUACUUGCUUCGUCUCCAAAACCAACUUCAAAUUCCAUCAAUUAUGGCUGCUGCUGAUUCGGUUAGUGAUGCUUUGCCCUCUGGUUCGAUUCCGCGUUUGCUGCAGCGAUUGGCCUCCGAGGACAUACUCCAACUAUUCCAUGGAAAGAAACCCAUUCUCAAGCUGCUUGACAAGUUGAACACAAGCCUGUCAUCAGCUCAUAAGCUGCUCAAUGAUGCUGAGGGGGAGCAACUUAUGAAUAAGGAGGUCAGACUGUGGCUUUUCAAGGUUCAAGAUCUGAUCUUUGAAGCCGAUGACUUGGUGGAUAGGAUUGACUAUGAAGCUCUGCGAUCCAAACUUGAAGAUGAUCAAUCCAGCAGCGGCGCAAGCCAGGUAUUUCACCAACUGAAAUCCAUGUCCUGUUUCUUGCCCACAUUUGAUAAAACCGUACUGCGUGAUGCCUCCAAGAUCCUCCUUGAACUAGAUGAUCUUCUUGUUCGAAAAGAAGUUCUUGGCCUGAGAGAAGGUUUUCGAAGCAAACCUCGGCAAAGGCCACCUGCUCCUUUAGUAGAACGGUCUGAUGUUUAUGAGAGGGGUUAUCAUAAAAAAAACAUUAUCGAUCUGUUGCUAGACGACGAUGUUGACGAUGGUAGAAGGAUUUCUGUCAUCCCGAUUGUCGGGAUGGGAGGUGUAGGCAAAACCACUCUUGCUCAACUUGUUUAUGAUGAUGAUAAAGUGAAAAAACAUUUUGAGCUGAAAGUAUGGAUUUGUGUAUCAGAAUCGUUUGAUAUUUUGAGAAUAAUGAAAGCGAUUAUUGAGGGAGCCACUUCCAAUAACUAUGAUUACGAAAACUUAGACCUACUUCGAUAUAGAUUGAAUGAAGCGUUGGAGGGGAAGAAAUUUUUUUUUGUUCUUGAUGAUGUUUGGAACGAGAAUGAAGCUAUGUGGGCAGCUUUGAAAAGUUGUUUUGAAUCUGGAUCAAGUGGUAGUAAAAUUAUUGUGACUACACGAAGCCAAGUUGUUGCCUCAGUUAUAACCACUGGGAAGAUUUAUCAAUUAACUACGUUGUCGGAUGAAGAUUCUUGGCAAUUAUUUGCCAAAUGUGUUUUUGGAGAGAACGUUGAUCCCAAUGACUACCAAGUCCUCCAAGUGAUUGGUAGGGAAAUAGUGAAAAAGUGCCGAGGCUUACCAUUAGCAAUAAUAUUUGUUGGUGGAUUAUUGCACGCAGAAAGGGAUCCCAAAAAAUGGGAAGAGAUACUUAAUAGUGACAUAUGGGAGAAAUCAUAUGAACCAUUGGGAUAUGUUCUUCCAGCUUUAUGGUUGAGCUAUUGUCACUUACCGGCACAUCUCAAGCAAUGCUUUGUGUAUUGCUCCAUAUUUCCCGAGGAUUAUGAAUUUGAUAGAGAAAAAUUGAUUUUGCUGUGGAUGGCAGAAGGUUUUCUACAAGUUGAUGAACAGAGCAAAAAGAUGGAGGAAGUUGGAGAGGAAUACUUUCAGGAUCUUAUGUUAAGGUCAUUUUUUCAUCGUUCAAGUAAUGGAAAAUCGUUCUUUAAAAUGCAUGACCUGGUACAUGAUUUAGCUAUGCUUGCAUCACAUAAAUUUUGUUUUAAUUUGGAUUCCGAUAAUAAUUUUAUUGGCCUUUCAAAAAAGACCCGCCAUUUGUCAUAUAUGAAGGGAGGUUAUAUUGCCAACAAAUUUACAGGCUUGUCUAGAGUCAAGAGCUUGCGUACUUUUUUAGCAUUGCCAUUACAACAAUGCUAUGCGAGGAACGUAGUCCCAUAUGAUGUGUUGCUUACAGUAGGAAGUUGUUUAAGAGUAUUUUCCUUAAGCGAAUCUUCUGUUAAGAUGCUGCCUGAUUCAAUUGGUAUGCUAAAACAUUUAAGGUACCUGGACUUGUCUUUCACUGUAAUUGAAGAGUUGCCAGAUACAGUUUGCAAUUUGUAUAAUUUGCAGACACUAUUGUUGGAAGGUUGCACUAGACUUACUACAUUGCCAAAGAGGAUAGGGAAAUUAAUUAACUUGAGACAUCUCUGCACUCCCCCCUUCUUGAAUGAGAGGCCACAAAUUGGUAAAAUGUCAAGUGAUAUUUGUGUGGAUAAGAAGACUAAGUUUAGCGUGAAGCAUCUACAAAGGUUGAACAAUCUACAACGGACUCUUCGCAUUUCUGGACUAGAAAAUGUUGCAGAUGUUAAAGAUGCUUUGGAGGCUGAGUUAAAGAAUAAGAAGUUUGUUAAUAAGUUGAUAUUGAGAUGGGGUAUUAAUCAUGCGGCCGAUUAUAGUAAAUCGCAAGAAGAAAGAGAAGUGCUUGGCCAACUUGAACCUCAUGCAAAUUUGAAGGAACUUGAAAUCCAUAACUACAAAGGUACCGCUUUCCCAGAUUGGUUUGGAUCCCAUUUGUUAUCUAAUAUGGUGACUGUGAGUCUAUAUAAAUGUAAGCAUUGUUUCAUCUUGCCGCCUUUGGGGCAGCUACCCUCCCUCAAACACCUUAUGAUUUCGGAUUUUGCAAGCGUGUUGAGGAUAGGGUCAGAGUUCUAUUCUAUUUCUGGCACAAUACCAUUUAGAUGUUUGGAGAGUUUGCAUUUGGAAUUGAUGCCAGAGCUCCGAGAGUGGUUGUUUAUUGAAGGCGAAGUUGAAGGUGGAGUUUUUCCUCUUCUCAAGGAACUUGAAUUGAAAGACUGUCCGAGACUCAAAGUUUCAUUGCCUAAUUACCUUCCAUCAUUGAGAAAGCUUGUCAUCGAUGAAUGUGACCAACUACUACCUUUACUUCCAAGGGCCCAACAGAUGGAUGCUGCAUUUCCAUCUCUUGACACUAUAAGAAUAUCUGAAUGUCAAGGACAGGAGAUAUUUCUAGAAGGGGGAUUGCCUUCGAGUUUAAAGGAAAUUGUCAUUUGCAGUUGCGAAAACCUUGAGGCCUUAGACUCAAAAGCCAUUCAACACCUCACCUCCCUUGAGAAGCUGGAAAUUUUGUUCUGCGUCAACCUUAUUUUCUUGCCAAAACCACCUCGUUCUCUUCGUUCUCUAUCAAUCAACUGUUGUCCUUUACUAACACCACGACUGCAGAGGGAGAUUGGGGAGGAUUGGCUCCUAGUUGCUGAUAUCCAAAAUCUAGAUAUACAGUCGCAUCCAUACUUAAACUAAGAUCAAGGCUCUGUAAUUUUUCGAAGUGUUCUCCACACCAGCUGGUACUACUCUUUCCUCUCCACUUGUUUAUAGUUUUACGUGUAGUAUGAACUAAAAGAGUUCUUAAUUAUUGUUAUUGACUUCUGCAAUUAAUAUUCUAUUCUUGAACGCUUCCAACUGAUUUUAGCACUGUAAUAUCCUAGCCCAAGAGAUGUAUAGCUUAGUUUGCUCCAAUUUUAAAAUGUGGUUACUGGUAAUAGACUACAUUUCUUGUUGCAGCUUAUUUGAAUGCAGCUCUGUUCUUUUUUGCAGGCAUUAUAUCCCCAACGUAAUGGAUUCUUUUCAAAUGUUACAAGUAUAGCUAUAUUUUCUCUGUUCAUUGAGAAACUUAAAAAUUUUGUGAAUGUGAAGCACAUAUUCAGGCAUCUCAUAUAAUUGUUAAAAGAAGGGAAACAAAACUACUUCUAAAUCGU